AUGGAGAAGAAGCUAGAGGUGCUGCAGGAACAAAUGACUAGAUCUGUGCCUUGUGAUGCUGAGCUUCAAGAACUAAUGCAUCAAAUUGAUAUAAUGGUAAACAACAGGAAACUAGAAUGGGAAAAGAAGAUGCAAAUAUUAGAAGCAAGAAUGAAUAUUCGGGAUCAGGAAUUAGCAAGUGCCCAAAACAAGUUAGAUCAGAAAGGCCAAGAGGUUGGGUUACUAAGACAGAAGCUGGACAGCUUGCAAAAGACAAAACAUGAGAUGGCUCAGAGCUAUGAUUCUCAGCUUCAAGCCCUGAAAACUCAAUUUGCCAAGCUGACACAAAGCUACGAAAAGCUACAGCUGCACCAGUUGAAACAAAAUAAAGCUCAUGGUAUGGAAAAAUGUACAGAAAACCCAGAGGGUCCUUUUCAACUGAGCAGUUUAAACCAGAAAUUGGAGAAACAAGCACAGAAUUGCCAAAUCCAGAUGUGCUGCCAGAAGCCCAAACAGGGGAAAGCAGGUGCUUGUAGCCACUGCAACACUGAGCACCUGAGCAUUCCGCAUGGCGUUUUCCCUGAACCUGCUGACAAGGGUGAAUGCUACAUGGAAAAACUGAAGUCAACAGUGAGCGAAAUAGCAGUGAGCAGGAACAAGUUGCAAGAGGACAACCUGAAGCUUCAGCAGGAAGUGAAAAUGUACCAAAGAAAGUGCCAGAAUAUCGAAGCCCGGCUUAUAGAAGUGAAGAAUGAACUGCAGUCACGCGAGGAUCUCUUGAAUAUGGUAGAACUGGAAUGCCAACAGUUGCGUAAAGAAGUAGCCAGGAUGGAAGAGUAUAAAAAUAAGGAAGAAAAUCAAGUGAAGCUUCAUUUGGCUUAUGCACAAUGCAUUAAGGUCUUGGAAGUAAAGAAAGCUCAAAUAGUUGUUUUGGAACAACAGCAGGAAGAUCAACAGAAAGAGCUCAAUCAGAUAAGAGACCAUCUUUAUCGGGAAGAGCAGUCCCAUCGCUCUGAGGUGGAAAGAAUGAGGACAGAAAUCUCUGACCUGACAGAAGAGCUUCAUCAGAAGGAGAUUACUAUAGCAACUAUCAUGGAAAAAGCUGCUCUACUGGAAAGGCAGUUACAAAUGGAGUCAGAGAUAAAAGAGAAAAUGUUAGGAAAACAACAGAUGAUAGAUUUGUCUAAUAAGGAACGCAAGAACUAUUUGGAAUCCACUGAUGUGCUCGAGCAUAAGGAUGAAAGGUUACAGAAUGAACUUGUUAAAUUGCCAAGGAACACAGAAAUACCUUUGCUGGUGAAGCCCUUUACAUACUACGGAACAAAUCGUGCCAACCAGACUUCAGUAAAAAUGCAAGAGAAGGGAGAGAGACCUGUGCAGAAUGAAAGUGAAUGGGCACCACAAUCUGCAACGCAUGAAAACCAUGGACGCUACGGAAUGCAAAAUCCUGCUUGGCAUGGCCAAGGCGAUAUUGUCAGCAUUGAAAGCAGCUCCAGUUUGCCUCCUCAAAGACCAAGCAGAGACCGUGAACCCCUGGCAGAUGGUAGAUCAACCUCUCCACCAGAGCACCAUUACAUCACCUACUUUCCUGAAAGGAAAAAGUUUGAUAUGUUACUGAACCAUGUCUAUGUUGUGGAAGAAAAUCGGGUGCCUUCCCCAGAGACUCUGUUUCUUGCAACUGCAACAGAGAAGUUCCUACAAGAGGAAGAGAAGCGAGCAAGAGACUUUGAACAGGUCUUAAACUCUCACAUUGAAGAACUGCAAAGGCAGUCAGAGAACACCCUGAAGAAAAAUGCCAGUCUCAAGCAAACCCGACCCAGGUGA